AUGCUCCCGACCAAGACGACGCCAUGCUCCCCAAAGGCGACAUCUCCUCCUCCUCCCAAGUCGACGUCGUUGACGAGGACGACGAUAAAUGUCAUCUACUCCGCCUCUCCUUUCUCCAUCUCCAAUUCCCUCCCCAUCGCCAUAGUCACCGCUUCUUCCACCGUCACUAUCGCGGUCCCUACUCCGCUCAUCACCACUGCGCGGGCGACGACCACGACGGCGACAGUGGUUACUGUUAUUCCUCCGCCAAAAAAUGUUGCAUCUCGAGGGCCAGCUCUUUUGGAUCAGAUCAGUUCAGAGCCUAGUUUGAGGGCUUUGUGA